AUAAAAAAAUUGCAAUGGCAAGUGCUAAGUGGUGGUGGCAAAAUAUUUUGGUUUUUUGUGAAUUUCCUUAAAAAUAUAAUUUAUUUCAUCAUUAAUUAUCCUUAUUCGUUUCAUUAGUUUACAUUCUGUGUAGUUAUUGUGGUUGUACAUCGUAUUCUCAUCAUUAAUGUACGCAGAGAGUCAUAAGCCAUGUCGGACGACAAAAACGUCGAUAAUCCUCAAAAAAGAGGCAAAUCCGAAGUUCCUGAUACCAAUAUAGCAGUAUCAUCUAGUGAAGUGUCUAGCGUGGCAGGGAGUGUACAGACUGCUAAGACGCACCCACGAGUGUCAUCGUCUUCCGAUAGGCAAAUCAAGUUUGAAAGAGCACAGAAAUGCCUGGAAAAUGCAGCACUUGUAUCUAAAAGAAUCAAAGAACAUCGAAAAGCGACAGCGGAGUUGUUGGGACGGCCAUUUGAAGAUGAUGACGUGGGAGACACAGCUUCGGAGAUGGCGUCCACCAUGAGUGAGAAAACUGGGUACUCUGUUGCAACUGACACCUCUGGUGCUCUCUCAGUCCAAGAUGCCUUGAAUAUACCUGGUAUCAGCGAGAGCCUAGCGAACACCCUGAAACAAAAGGAGCUGUUGAUGGAGCGGAUAAAGCAAUAUAAGGAGAUCAGUAAAAGACCUAUGAAGACUACCCCAGUCGCUAGGAAAGACUCUACUGCAGACGUCAAAGCAGUUGUUACUAAGAGCAAAGAUAGCCCUGAUGUAUCCCAACUAGUGAAUACAUUGAAAGAAAAGGAAAAUGCCCUGAGUGUGAUCCAGGUCAAAAUGAAAGCAAUGGAGACUACUAUCUUGGAGCUCCAAGAGAAGAUCACUGAGAAGGACCAAAUAAUUGAAGCUAAGAAUAGAGCUACAACCCUAAUGUCAGAUAGUUUGAGUAAAAAAGAAAAAGAUUCUUUAUCUCUAUUAGAAGAUACAAGACAGCAAAUGAUAAAAAUGCAGGAGAACUUUAUCAACAUGGAAUUGGAAUGGAAAGAAGAGAAAAAUAGACUCCUCAAGCAAAUAGAAGAAAAAGAUGAGAAAAUUUCCAGUUUAGAAGAAGCCAAUACAAUUCUAGAAAACUCGCGUUUUGAAAUCAGUGUUGCGAAUUCAAAAUUACUUGAAGAGUUAGAAUUGAAGAAUAAAGAAAUAUCAGAAUUGCAAGAUAAAAUAGAUAAAAUGUCUUAUGAAGAAAUUAAACAUGUCCCAGAACUUACACAGAAAGAAAGAGAAGAUGUAGAAGAAGAGAAAGGGUCACUUGAAAUUGCCAACAUGGUGGAGCUAACUAAAAAAAUUGAAUUGCUAGAGCAACUGAACUGUCAAAUCCGCCAAACCAAUAAGGAACUUGAAAAUAAAUUGGCUAACAUGAACACAGAGUCAAAAGCUGCUGCUACCAGUUCCCCAAGUAAGAAAGGUAGCCCUUUGCCGACUCGCAAAGGUGCUAGGAACACGUCUAAAAAGUCACCUUGGAGUCAACUGUCUUCCGAAUCAUUACCUCAAGAAGUGGAUAAAAAACCUAGUAAAAACGAAGUAUCUAAAUUAGAAAUGGUAGUUCAGUCCCUCAACAAAGAAAUAUUAGAUAAAGAAUACAUGAUUUCCCAAAAAGAUGCCCUCAUAUCUGAGUUGCAAACUGCAAUUACGGAGAAUGAAACCAUUAUGAAUGAACUUAAGUCCCAGGUGCGCAUACAAGCAAAUCUAGUAGAAGUUGGCGUUAUUACUGAUGAGAUAGAACCUCUAUGUCAUUCAAAAGCAGAAGUAGCGAAGCAUUAUGAACCAGUCGAGGGAACUAUUUCUGAUGCAGCUCUUCCUAAAGAGGUUAAAGAAUUAGAAGAAAAAUUGAAAGCAGCUCAAGAUCAGAUUGCUGCACUUAAUACUGAAAUUGACGCAGCUAACAAAAAUAUGAUUAAAGUGAAAUCAAACCAUAAGCUAAAACUAAAACAAAUGCAAAAGACAAUCGAUAACUUCAGCAAAGUUUCUGAUGCCAAUGCGGAGAUCGUAAAGUUGAAUGAAGAACUACAUCAGCUCUCUCAGAAAGUAGCUGAAUUAGAAGAGGAAAAAGGAAACCUACAAUUGCACCUUGUAGAUUACGACAGCGGAAGACUAACCGAGUCGGAUGUCUAUAAGAAAAUGGUCGAAAUGGAAAAUUUGGCAGAGACUAGACUGAAAUCUAUUAGUGUACUGGAAGCACAAAAAUUCGACUUAGUCCAAGAGUUACAUGAAUUGCAACAGAAGAAUGUUGAAAUGGAAGACAAAUUAGCAGACAUGUCGCAUCUCCAAAGUGAACAAGUAAGCUCUGAAAUGAAGUCAGUGCAAUUAGAAGAACAGAUAGAUCAGCUAAGUGCUUCAAAGAAAGAGUUAGAGCUAGUCAUUGAAAAUUUGAAAUUAGAUAAAGAGCAGCUAGAAGGUACCAUCAAAAGCUUAGAAGAAGAGAAACAAGAAUUACUUCACAAGUUAGAAAAUUACAUCCAAGAAAACAUGGAACUAACUGAUAAACUUGAAAAAUUAAGUGCAGAAAAAGUAAGUUCUGCAGAAUCCAUUGAAAUAGUUGAGUCUCUCACUACUCAAGAGAAGUUAGAACUAGAAGAAUACAAUAAAGGGCUUCCAGAGCACAAAAUUGAAGACAGUCAUGCAGAUAUGCCAGUAACACCUGAAUAUCAAGAAAACAUCGAGAAUUUAGUAGAACAGAGUGCUGAAUUAAAUAAAAAGAUUGAAUUAUUUACUCAAGAGAGGCAAGAAGUUCUGGAGAAAAUGAGCAAAAUAAGUUCUGAGAAUGAAUCAUUACAACAACGAAUGGCUGAAUUAAGUAAUCAAUGUGACAAUCUACAAAGCAAUAUCGAAUUAUUAACUAGUGAAAAACAAGAAAUUUCAGGACUUAAUGAAGAACUUAAUCGUCAGAUUGAAGAGCUGAAACGAGAACGUCUUGAAAUAAUGAAGGAAAGUAUUGAAAUGGUGAAACCCACUUCUGCAGAGGAUACUGCAGAGGGAAUACCAGCAGAAACACAACAUGAUGAUAAAACUACUGGAGAUAAAGGUAACAACAGGACUAAAUCUGUGAAACAACUUACGAAAGAUAUUUUGAAAUUAAAGAAUACCAUUAAAGAACGAGAAGCUGAGAUUGGUGACUGUCAAAUGAAGAUUUUGUCUCUAGAAGAGCAACAGCAGAAGUAUAAUGAACUUCUACAGAUAAAUUCCGGUUAUGAAAGUAAAGUCAAGGCCUUAACUGAUGAAAAUUAUCAACUGCGUGAAGAACUAGACAAUGUAAAAAAAGAUAAAAUAUCGGACCAACAACUGGUGCAGUAUAAACAAACACAAGAUUUGUUGCAGCAAGAGAUUCAGAAGUUACAACAUGACUUUGCGAUGACGACCAGUAGUAGGGAUGCCAGAAUACAAGAACUUGAAUCUCUUUUAGUAGAAUAUGAGAAACAAAUUUUCAAUUACGGAACUACAUUGCAACAAAAAGACAAAGAAAUGGCAGAAUACGUCAAUCAAAUAACAAAAUUAAAUGAUGUUUCACAAAAAUUAAGAUCAACAAUUGAAGUUCUUGAAGAAGAAAAGGCUAAAGAUCCAAACGCAGAACUUGUUAAAACUUUGAAUAAACAAAUAGCGGCAAAUCAAAAGAAAUUGGCUGAGUGCGAAGACAAGUUAAAGAAACUAGAAGAAGAGAAAGCUCAGCUUUUGUCCGUAAAAGUAUCAUUAGAAAAUAAAAAUGUUAAUUUGGAUUCAGAGUUGAAAAAACUUCAAGAUGCAUUUAUUGAAAAACAAAAUCUUAUUAAAGAGCUACAAAUACAACAACAAAAAUAUUCUGAAGAAAUGUCUAAUGUAAAAAUUCAACUUAAAGAACGUGAUGAGGAAGUACACGAAAUAAAGUUGCAAUUGAGGAAAGAAUCCAUAGAAAAUGAGAAGUUGCGCAGUACUUUAGCCGAAAAAGAAAGUCACUCUGAUGAGUACACGAAAGAGCUACAAGAAGCUAUAGAUAAGGUAAAAAAUCUGACAGAUGAAAAAGUUGCUCUAAGUGAACAAUGUACUACUAUGGAAACUAAAAACAAAGAGCUUAUGGACAAGUUAAAGAAGUUUGCCGCUAGUGUGAAAAAAAAGUCUUCUAUGUACGCUGAAUUGGAGGGCCAUAUGAGUGAAAAACAAAAAGAACUAGAAGCCAAAACUUUACAAGUAGAGCAACUGCUAAUACAAGUUGAAACUCUACCAGCGCUACAGGAAAAGCUGAAAUAUGCUGAAGAAGAAUUAAAUCGUCUUCAAUCUCAAAGAUUGAAUUUUGAACAACAAAAAUCCCAAGAUAUCUUGAAUUUGCAAACAGAAAUCCAAACAUUACAAGAUAGACUUGCCACGACUUUGAAUGAAACUUCAAAAAUAAAUCAUGAUUUUAAUGAAACACAACAAGUAUUAUAUCUCGCUCAAGAUGAAAAUGCUAAACUUAAAUUACAAAUAGAUACAUUGAGUAAUAAAUUGGCUGACUACGAAGUUGAACAGAAAAAUAACUUGAACUUCAUUACAAAAGUAUCUAGCUUAGAAGCUGACAUAAGUCAAAAACAGAUGCAAAUAGCAGAGUUGUUAAGUAAACUUGAACAUCAAGAGCAACUUUUGAGUCAAUUGCAAUUUGGACAAGAUGCAAAAAUUCAAGAACGAGACCUUUACAUUGAGAGCCUCGAAACUGAAAUCAACAAAUACAAAAAUCGUAUCUGUCGUCUUGAAGAAAGUAUUUCAAUUAUGGAAGAUAGAAGACACACUUUAGAGCGAAAAGCAGAUCAAUUAGACACUCAAUUACAAGAAAAGCAGAAAGCUUAUAGUGAGUAUACUAGCCAGGAAGACCAAUUAGUAGGUAGACUGGCAGUGCUAAUGGACCACGACCGAGUCGUAGAGAAACAGCUUCAUGAGAUAGAAAAUGAAAACAAAGAAUUGCAACACAAAACGCAUCAUCUAAGUGAAGAGAAUCAACGUCUGCGUAAAUCUCUCUCUGAUAUACAAGACCACUGCAACACACUAGUGGACAAAGCUAGUAGAACAGAUUUUGUAGAAUCUGAACUUGCAAAAUACCAAUCGCAACUUCACGAGCUUGAUGCUCAUCUGAAACGCUUAACGCAUGAACAUCAAAACUUACUGGUGGAGAAAAAGCGCGAGAUUGAAGAAAUUGAAGCUGAAUUUAAUACGCAAAUAGAAAAUUCCAUCAGAGAAAAGAAAACUUUAAGCGAAAAGUACGAAAAAAUUAAUGAGCAUGUUACACAAUUAGAAAGUAGACUGCAAGAGUAUAGAAACAAUAUUGAAACUCUUAAAAUUAACAACGAGGAACUGAAUAGAAUCAAUCAAGAUUUAGUUGACAAUUCUGCUAGAGAACAAUCUCGAGCUCCAGAUUACACGGAACAAUAUAUUAAUGAGAUAAAUAAGUUGAAUUCUAUUGUUAAUAACAAAAAUGAAAACAUACACGAAUUAAAUAAUAAAUUACAAACAGUCCAAAGUAAUAAUAUUGCAAUUGUGUCUAACUUGGAAAGUAAAAUAGCUGAACUAAAUGAAAGGGUACAAUAUUCUUCAACAGUUAUUGAUCAAUUAGUUCAAGAAUCCAACACUGUAAGAGCUAGCAAUGAACAUUUACAGACAUGUCUGUUACAAAAAGAUGAGCAAAUCAGACGACUAACGGAAGAGAAAAGCGUAACAUUUGAAAUGACUAUACCUAAAACGGAGGGGAUGGUGAUUUCGUCCACUAUAGAGCCAUUACGCGAAGGUUCAAGGGAAUUUGACGUGUCAUCUAUUGAAUCCCAAAUAGUUUCUGAAAGUGAACCAGUCCACCCAGAUAAACACGUAGUUAAAAGGUCUGAGCAACAUCAAACCAGUCCAGGCAAAGCAGCGAGUUCUGGUGAGAUUCAAGAACCAGAAAUUGUGGCAAAGAAAGCCUAUCUUUGCUAUAAGGGUGAAGAGGGUACACCUGAGCAGUCUGAUGACCCGUUCAAUUCUGACGAAGGCUGGGGACUCGGAGAAUGUGAAGAAAUAGGAGAAGUUACACCAGGCAUGACUCAUCUCACAGAUCAAAUUCAACAACUUAAAAAACAAAAUGAAUCUUUGAAAGCAGAUCUAGACGCAAGUAACAACAAACUGAUGAAAGCUUUGAAAAAAUUAAAAGAAUUGAAAUCAAAUAACGAAAUGUUGUCUAAUGAACUAAAAAUUUCCAAACAGAUUUCUCAAACAUCUUUCUUAGACAGUGCUAUCGAAGAUGAAAUGAAAAUAAACAUCCAAGAGUUAGAAAAGAAGGUUCAAGAACUCACAGCUGACAUAAACAAAGAAAAACGAGAGAAGGAAGCAUUAAGAAAACAAAAUGAAGUUUUUAAUAACGCAAAUGAUAAAUUAACUGAAAUGAAAGAAAAACUAGACAACGAAAUAGAACUAUGGAAAUACAAGUUUAAGGAAGCUAAUGAUAAAAUGUCCACAUUGCAAUGGGGUGCUGAUUCUAAAGAUUCGCCAGAUCAUAAAACUCCUGCUACAACUAGGAAUCCAAAGGACGACGCAUUGAGAGAGGAAAUAAUUAAACUUGAAAAAGAAAAUGACGAAUUGCAAACAAUUAUCGAUCAGUUAUCUUCUCAAAACAAGGAACUGUCUUCUCAGCAAACACAACUCAGUACUCAAGUAAUGGAACUAAAUAAACAAUUACAAGAAAACAAAUCUACGAGUGAAACUUAUGAUGCAUUAAAUACCCAAUUAUUAGAACUACAAGCUAAGAACAAUGAACUUCAGAAUAACAACGAUAUACUAAAUAAAAAGAUACAAGAUUUAGAAAUUCAGUACAAGGAAACAAACGAAAAUAAUGAAGAACUUAUUGCUAAAAAGGUCAAACAUAAUGACAUGCUAAUUGAAACCAUUCGUCAAUUGGAAGAGGAGAGUAUUCGACUAAAGGAAACGAAGUCUGAAGCUGGGGACAUAGUACAUGGUUUAAUAUCGGAACUUGAAACGGCUAAAACAAGAUUACAAUGCCAUGAAGAGCGGAAGAAUGACGAUAAAGUGCAAGAUAUGGAUGUAUUGGCAUCAGCAGAAAAGUAUAGGUCAUUAGAAGAUUAUUGUUCGAUAUUAAAACGUGACUUAGAGAAAGCAAAUAAUAAAUUGAUGCAAGUAGAAGCUGAAAAUAUGACAUUGUUAGAAGAUAUAAACGAAUACAAGAAACAAAUUGAAGAACUUAAUUCAAAAUUGGAGCAACUUAAUAUUGAAAACGACCAGCUGUUAUCUACUGUGGCCGAAUUACGUUCGUCAGUAUCUAGUGCUGUUGAUCAACGAGGAUUUGAAAUUGCUGAACUAUGGAAGCAGCAUUUGGCUCAGAGGGAAACAGACUUCCAAAGAACGGAACAAGAACUUAGAAGUCAAUUGAGCGCUUCUGAAGCCAAAUAUGAACAGCUGCUUGACAGUGUCCAGUCAUCCACACAGGAAGAAACAAACCAAUUGGUAAUGAUGGAGCAGAUCACUUCACUGCAAAACAAAUUGCAGGAUAAAGAGGAACAUCUCCGCAACCUUCAAGACAAGUACGUCGAAGUAAUGAAUCAAAUAGAUAUGUUGCGUUCGGAAAUGGAAGAUGAAAAAGUUAUGUACGAAAAUAAGCUACUUGGACAGCAAGAAGAAUAUGAAAAACAAAUAAAAGAAUUGGCUAGUAAAAACCAAGAACAUACAGAAGGAUACGAAGCAGCAUACCAUAACCUCCAAAGCGAAUUAGCAACGACUAAGACUAUUAACGAUGAGUUAAAUCAACAAGUUCAAGAACUACUUGGAAAAGUGAAAGAAUCCGAAGAAAAUAUAUUGGAAUUAACCAACCAACUAAGAUUAAAAGACAGUGAAAUAUAUCAGAAAACUCAUGACUUUACUAUAACUCUUACGCAACGAAAUGAAGAAUUUGAGACUGUUAGGAAACAGUUAUUGGAGCUUGAAAAGAAAGUAGAAGACUUGACAUAUGAAAAAGAAUCGGAACUGGCUGUUUUAAGGUUGAAAAUGCACGAAAAAGCAGAAGAUUUCGAGAGAGCGCACCAAGAUGCUGAGGAGGAAAAGUUAAGUUUAACUCAAGAAUUGAAUGCGAAAAUAAUUGAAUGUACCAAUCUUAACAAACAAUUGUCAGACUUAAACAAAAAGCUCGAAGAAAAUGCGAGUCAAACUGCUGAAAUGCAAACGGCUUUGGAGAAUCAAGAAAUGGAGAUAGUGACGCUCAGCGAUGAGAUUUCUAACUUGCAGGAGAUUCUAAAGAAUAGUAAAAUAGAAAAACACGUUACAUUUGCAUCGGAUACUAAAGCUGCUCCGGAAUCGGCAGAGCAAGCUGCAGAGGCAAUGAGCAAGGAAUUACUUGACCCCGUUCCGCGAGCUGAACUAGACUUAGCGCUGUACAUGUUGCAUCAGAGAGAUGUGCGCUGUGAAGAACUAACGAUGGAGCUCACUCAGCUGCUUGACGAGCGAGACACACUACAACUACGCCUUUCAGACAGUCUGAGGUCUUACGAAGAGUUGAAAUCGAAGUGCCAAUCUGCCGGUGUAGAAGUUUCGUUGAACAUCAGUCAAGAGACUAUACCAGAGAGUAGUUUCACCGUGGAGAAGGAGCAGCACUUUGUGGACACGCACCGCGGACAGACCUCGCGUAGCAGCAGCAUCAGCGACCCUGACGGCGACAAGCCGAAGCUGCAAGCCAAGUUGUCGGAACUGCGCACGGUCCGCCACAGCCGCGACGUGCGCCUGCGCCACGAGAGCGAGGCGCGCCAGCUGGACCUGCGGCUGCUGCAGCGCGACGUGGCGCACCUGCCGCCCGAGGCGCGCGAACAGCUCGCGCAGGCGCACCACACGCUCUCUCGCGACUCCCAAAGCACUUCAACCGUACUCCUGAAUUGGUUACGAGGCAAAAGCACGCCAAAAGUGGUUCAUAUGUGAGUCGUCUGACACUUAACUAGUUGUAGAAAUACGAAAAUAGUUCAAAUAUGUACUACAAAGUCUGCUUCCCUUCCUUCCGCUAGGGCUCUUCCAGACUGAUACGCAUUUACUUUGCCACCACUAUGCACCACAAUUGUGAAAUGUUUAAACGAAACAUUUUUCCGAAAUUGUACUUACACUUGCCAACGACUUGAACGAAAGAAACUCGCAAAAUUAUUGUUAACCAAGUCUACGUAUAAGGAGAAAAGAAACAGGAACGUUUUGAGCCGUUUUUAAAAUGACAAGGAAAAUAUAAAAAAAUUAAAAAAUCCCUACUAUUUUUCGUGUUUUUUACCUGAGUGAAAAAAGAAAUACUUUUUUUUCACGAGGUAGGUCCCUUUCGUGUGAAUAUCAACAAUACAGUUACCUUUUAUCGAAGGGAUAUUUUUCGUUACCUAUUGGAGAAAAAAAAUCUGGGCAUCUUUUAACUGUCUUGCAUUCACUUCACUUUAUACUUCACCUCAACCUUUCCCAUCUUUGUACUUCACCUGUGUAUCCAUCUUAUCUCAGCGCGCAUAAUGUAUCAGUUUCCUAGAAACCAGACGUUCAUGGUUAUUUUCUUUUAUACCCUCUUGGCAAGUACGAACGAACGAAAAAUACUUACACAAAAGCAUUCCUAAAACAACUAAUGUCAUUAGGCUAAACGUAAUUUCACACUAUUCUGUCUUGUCACAUCAUGAGUUCAAUUUGUUUUUUAUUUU